CUAGGCACAGCCUACCACUGAUUAAAUCAAGCAGCCAAGGAUAAGAUGGAAAAGACAAGAAUCUGGACAUCUCAGCAGCUGUUGUUGCUGUUACUGCUUAUCAAUGACUCAGGAUUACAAUAUCUCCAGUGCAGAGAAGAGGGAGAAGAUGCAACUCUGCAAUGUGCCUACAACAUUAUGAAAUAUUCUUUGUCCCUGAAGGCCUGGCAGAGACUUGGAAGCAAUGACCAACCAGAGACCCUGAUACAAACGAGUAACACGAAAGGGGAGUUCAGUCAGGUCCGGGUUGGCAAGUAUCUGCUGAUGGAUGAUCCUGAUAAUUCCAUGAUGAAUUUCACAAUCAUGAGAUUCCAGAAGCAGGACUCUGGAAUAUACCGAUGUAUUAUCAAUCAGCCAUCCCAGGAACCCAUUGUCCUGCGUGACCCCUUCCAACUGUCUACAUGUGAUGCUAACACUGCAAUUACCACCAGAAUACCCACAGCCCAGAGACUCACUCCCAGAAGAGAAGAACCCUCAACUAUUUUGGCCACUGAAAGGAAGUCUCUGCCAAACCCAAGUUUCCACACUCAGGCCCCAGUCAAAAGCACUGCCCACAGUCUCACUACAACUCUUGGAGCCAAACACAAUGAUACAAGUUUCCCUGUUCACAGGUUUUCUGAUGUGCUUGCUGUGACAUUUGGGAUACUUUUGAAUAAGAUUCUGGUAUUCAUCACCUUAUAUUUUCUCAUUCGAAAGAAGACUAGGUGCUAGCACCCUUGUGACUUACCUUCCUUGAAGCAUA